ACCGCUCGUCGCUACGUGUCCCUCGGCUACGUUAAAUCCCGCUCCCCGCUCCCACAGGAACAGGCAGCGGCAAGUCAGCGGUGGAAGUUCGGGCCGAGUCAAAGAUGGGGGAAAUCAUUCUGCCUCGGCGCAUGUUCCUCUGGUGCAUGGCGGUCAUUUAUUUGGCCGCUUUUGUGUCCCUUUACGUGCAGAUACCAGGUCUCUAUGGCAACGAGGGGCUGCUUCCUGCCCGCUGGCAGCUGCGAUACAGCGGGAAGCCUCUGCUGGAUCAGCUGCUGUCCUCUCCCACCCUCCUGUGGCUGGGGCCUCGGCUCGGCCUGGACACCCACACCGCCAUGGAGCUGCUGUGUCUUGUAGGGGCUGCACUGAGCCUCGCCGCCACGCUGGUGGAGGGUCUGAGAGACAGCAUUGUGUUUUUCUGCCUCUGGGCCUUGUAUAUUUCCAUGUACCAGGUGGGGCAGGUUUUCCUCUACUUCCAGUGGGACAACCUGCUUCUAGAGACAGGGUUCCUUUGUAUCCUUGUCGCUCCGCUGACAUUAAUCAGGGGGUCACGAGGGGUCAGAGAACAUGAUCGUGUGACCUUCUGGUUGAUUCGCUGGCUACUCUUCAGGCUGAUGUUUGCCUCUGGAGUGGUGAAACUCACAUCUCGUUGUCCCACAUGGUGGGGCCUCACAGCCCUGACAUAUCACUAUGAGACUCAGUGUAUCCCCACUCCUCUGGCCUGGUUUGCCCACCAGUUGCCAGUGUGGUGGCAGAAACUGAGUGUGGUGGGAACCUUUGUUAUAGAGAUCGCUGUGCCUUUUCUGUUCUUCAGUCCUCUUCGUAGGCUGAGACUUGGGGCUUUUUACUUGCAGGUGCUGCUGCAGGUUCUCAUCAUCUUGUCUGGCAACUACAACUUCUUCAACCUGCUGACACUGACCCUCUGUCUGUCACUUCUGGACGAUCAACAUGUAUAUUUCUGGUUGCACAAGGCGGAUAAGACCAGUGACCAGAAAAAUAACUCCAAGUUGUGGCCGAGGCUGUGUUACCUGCUGGAACUGUCAGUCUGGGCUCUCAUGAUCCACGGAACAAUAAUCCUCUUUGACCUGCAGCCGAAUGCAACUAAGGAUGGCAUCUCUUCCCGGACAGCCUUCACAUACCACCACUUUAACCAGUUUCUGAAGACUGUCACUAUUCCGAGUGUCUGGAUAGGUGUCUUGUCUCUCACCUGGGAGAUGGUCAGAUCAAUGUUCAGGUGCGCAUGUGUCUCCGGCUUCUUGAAGAGGUUUUGGGGUACGGUCCAGUGGACUCUGCUGGCUGCUGCUUCUGCUUCAAUGUUUGCUGUCAGUCUGGUUCCAUUCACCUAUAUAGAGUACGACUCGCAUGCCAGGUUGUGGCCAGGAGUGCGUCAGGCAUACGAGUCAGUGGAUCGCUACCAGCUGGUGAAUUCGUAUGGUCUGUUCAGAAGGAUGACCGGGGUUGGUGGGCGGCCAGAAGUCGUCAUUGAGGGAAGCCAUGAUGGGGUCGAGUGGACGGAGAUUGAGUUUAUGUAUAAGCCAGGGAACCUAAGUGCAUCUCCUCCUGUGGUGACGCCUCAUCAACCCAGGCUGGACUGGCAAAUGUGGUUUGCUGCUCUUGGGCCUCAUACUCAGGCUCCGUGGUUCACCAGCCUGAUGUACAAACUGCUGCAGGGCAAAAGAGACGUGAUUGAGCUUAUUCAGACGGAUGUAUCCCAGUAUCCAUUUCACCAGCAGCCUCCUGCCUACCUCCGAGCUCACCGCUACAGAUACUGGUUCACUGAAUCAAAAGCUGACGGCUCUUACCCACAGCGCUGGUGGAGGAGGGUCUAUGAUGAGGAAUUCUAUCCCAUAGUGCACCUGGGCAGCACUUUCCUGGAGAGCAUGCUCACCCAGUAUGGGCUCAAGGACAAAUCGCCCCCACGGCGACUGUCCAACACCGCUGUUGCCCAGGUGGUGAGGUGGACGCGCUCUCAGGUCAGAGGUGUUCCGGCUCCAACACUAAUCUGGACCCUAAUUGCCUGCAGCGCCACCUUUUGUCUGUUCCGGGGAUUGCGAAGCAGAAAUAAAGGCACAGAAAAGAACUCGCUUGCUCCUGAUGCCGAUGCUAUUGUUAGCGAUCACACAAAAAACGUAUCUGACAACUGUGAGAAAUCAGAUGAACAGCAGGCGGAGGAGGAGGAGGAACACAAUGGCGUGAACAGUGAAGAUGAGGUGGAGGAAAACGAAAGCGAGGAGAAAGACGCUAUUAGUGACGAGGAGGAGGAGGAAGUGGAGGAAGAUGAGAUGGAAAAAGAGGAUAUCCCCGAAAAGGAAAAGUUUUGAAAAAGAUGCAGGUAAUCCCCACAGAGUCUCUUAUCACCGCCUGCCUUUAAAGAAUUUUACCAAAAUGACCAAAGAAGUUGUUUUGUGUUUCUGGAUCAGCCACUUAUGAAAAAUACUUUUUUUUUGACUUCUUUCACCUUCACUUUACUGCACUGAGGUUCACAUCUGUAUUUCACUUAAUCACGUGGGAGCAGUUUUAACAAUAAGUAAAGCCUUCCUGAUUGGUUUACAUCCAGUCAGAAUAAUCAUGUUGGAUGGAAUCAGAACAUAGAAUUUGAAAUAUAAGGUGAACUCUGGUGUGCCCAUCAUGAUAGUUAAUGUGCAGCGUUCAUGUUAUUGUGCCACUCUGUGUCUCCUGAUUGUGUUGUAUUUCUCUUUGUGUGUGUAUGUUUACUUGUCUCUUGCUGUAAGCUCUUGCAGACCCAAAACAAACAAGCACUUUUACUUUUUUCCACAAAUGUGUGUUUUGCUUUUUGUUAGUAUUGGAAAUGAAACACCACACAGAACACUGUAGUUCUUUUAGAAUGUUUUAUAACAUCAAAAUACAAUAAAAUAAAAAUGUGUUUGUA